UGACGCCAUUCAUGUGUAAGCAAUAUAGUGAAGAUUGUUAUGUCGUGCCUGCUGAUACUGUAAAUGAAUACUGUUAAAAGUGAGACCGAGAACAAAAUAAAAUAUCAACAUCAAGUGUAACUGCCACCAUCUUACCCUGUGCACCACAUCGGGAGAGAAGUAAACAUUUUGAUGGGACAGGGUCGAUAUCGGCCCGGAGUUCGGGAAAUUCGGCAAGCUGGAACUCAUGGAAUUGGAGAAUAUAGUUGCGAACACUGUUUACUUAAAAGCAAGAGAAGGGGGUGCAGAUAGUAACAAAGGAAAAAGUAAGAAAUGGAGAAAAAUUCUUCAGUUUCCUCACAUAUCACAGUGCAUUGAUUUGAAAAACAAAAUAGAUGCACGCUAUUCUUACGUUGUAGAUCAUCAACCAAUUGGUCGAUUACUGUUUCGGCAGUUCUGUGAAAAUGAGAAGCAACAAUACCACCAUUACAAUGCUUUUCUUGAUGCUGUUGAAAGAUACGAGUUGGAAUCUGAUGAAAAGCGUAUGGAGGUUGCGCAAACUAUCUAUGGCAGAUAUUUAAAUCAAGAGUCAAGUGAAGCUGUAGAUAUUCUGAACAGUGAACUCACUGAGCAUUGCAAGGAGAAACUGGCAGCUGGUAAUAAGGACCUGUUUUUAGAAUGUACAAAUGCUGUAAAAACCUUUCUUGCUGGAGACCCAUUUCGCCAGUUUGAAUGUUCCAUGUACUUCCAUCGUUACUUGCAGUGGAAGUGGCUGGAAAGCCAGCCAAUCACGUAUAAAACAUUCAGAAUGUACAGAGUUUUAGGAAAAGGUGGUUUUGGUGAAGUGUGUGCUUGCCAGGUGAGAGCAACAGGAAAAAUGUAUGCCUGUAAGAAAUUAGAAAAAAAACGAAUUAAAAAAAGAAAAGGAGAAGCCAUGGUUUUAACUGAAAAACAGAUACUCCAGAAAAUCAAUUCAAAGUUUGUGGUGAGUCUUGCUUAUGCUUAUGAGACUAAGGAUGCUCUGUGCCUUGUUCUGACAAUCAUGAAUGGUGGUGAUCUUAAAUUCCAUAUUUAUAAUAUGGGUGGUGAGCCUGGUUUUGAUAUUCAUAGGGCUAGAUUUUAUGCAGCAGAGGUGUUGUGUGGGUUGGAACACUUGCAUGCUCAAGGAAUUGUGUACAGAGAUUGCAAACCUGAGAACAUUUUGCUGGAUGACCAUGGACACGUGCGUAUAUCAGAUCUGGGUUUGGCAGUUGAAAUUCCAGAGGGAGAGAUGGUCCGCGGCAGAGUGGGAACUGUUGGUUAUAUGGCUCCUGAGGUUAUUGAUAAUGAAAGGUACACAUUCAGCCCUGACUGGUUUAGUUUUGGUUGUUUGAUAUAUGAAAUGAUUGAAGGUCAAGCUCCUUUCCGAGCAAGGAAAGAAAAGGUUAAGCGAGAGGAAGUGGACCGUAGAGUCAAAGAAGAUCAGGAAAAAUACUCCCAUAAAUUUAGUGAAGAGGCAAAGUCACUUUGUCAGCGGCUUUUGAAGAAGUCACCAAAAGCACGUUUAGGAUGUCACAAUGGGAGGAUGGGAGCAUUGGAAGUUAAACAGCAUGAGUUCUUCAGGUGUUUGAAUUGGAAGCGACUUGAAGCAGGAGUAUAUGAGCCUCCAUUUGUUCCAGAUCCACACGCCGUAUACGCCAAGGAUGUCCUGGAUAUUGAGCAGUUCUCAACCGUGAAAGGCGUCAAUUUAGAUGCCUCGGAUGACACGUUUUAUAGCAAGUUCAACACUGGUUCUGUGUCAAUACCAUGGCAGAAUGAGAUGGUUGAGACAGAAUGCUUCAAGGAACUAAAUGUAUUUGGUCCAAACAACACUCCAACUCCAGACCUUAUCAUUGAUGCUUUACCAGAACCUGAUAAAAAAGGGUGCUUUCCUUUUAGGAGAAAGAAGAAGCAGUCUGCUCGCACGCGGCCUGUGACUGUGGUAGAUCAGACAGUUGCUGUGCCAACAGAAGAAGUCAGAAGCUGAUGACUGUUGAGCAAUAGUUGUGCAUCAGCAGGGCAGCCGUAGAUUUCUUACCUAUGUUCAGACUGAAGAAUAUGUCUGCAGUACCUGUUAAUAGUGGCAUAUGAGAUGUGUUAUCUCUUGGCCGGUUUACGGUUCAUGUAGCUUUUAUACAUGUUAAGAACACCAGCAUUACUCUAUUAUUGAUUGCUCAUGAGCAGUGAUGUUAGGGCUUGAGAUUUGACUCUGUUACUGUUCUUAUUGUGUGACAUUUCACCAAGAUUUUAUAGACGAGUUUUGAUUAUAAUGUUAUUUCUGUGUGCCAUAACGUACAAGUUUGAGAGUUAGAUUGCAAAUGUAAAAUUAGCCAUACUUUUUAUGAAUAUGUAAAAUGAGAUUCAGUAAUGCAGAGGUAUUUCUUACAAUGCUUUAUAACAACUUGUGCCAACUUUGGUUACAUUUACAUUUCUCUGCGCCCUGUUAUAUUACUGCUGUGACUCACUGAGGUCUGUUUCAUCACUUUGAGUUACUUUUUAGAUUUCAGGUUUAGACAAAAUGUGCUCUGCUAAAUGCAGAGUUGUGAAAGCUUAUGUUUUUUGUUCCAGGUGAAACAUUAUUUUGCUGUUAGAAUGAACUAUUCACCCUUUGGACAACAUGAAACAAAACUUUUUGAAUUUGUUGAUUUGUAUAUUUUGUUAACAGAUUUCAAUGAGACACAGUUUUGCUGUAAGUGUUGAAUUAAAUGCUGUUAAGGGAAGAAAAAUCAUAAGUGCAAAUGGACAACUUUGAAUGAUAGCCUUAAGACUAGUGGAUUACAGUCAUAAACAUUAGGAUUCAUUUUCCUCAUUGGAUGAGAAAGACCAGAGAGACAUCCAUUUUUUAUCUACCUUUUAAAAGAGCAUUUAUACUUUUUGUUGUAUUAUCAGAAUCCAAGUAAAAUGUUAAUACUUCGGAGGUCAUUGUAUAGUGAUGCAUAGAAAUGAUAUUAAAGCAUAUUGUGAGGGAGUGACUGAAUUAGUGUGUAUGUUUGAAAAGUAAAGUUUGUGUAGUGUGUACAAAUAAGACAGAGAGAAUCUGUACUGAUGUAAAUGUGUUCCUUAGAGUCUGUGUCUCGAAUGAAAUUGUUUGAUUGUUUCAUUUCAUAGAGAAAGACUGCUCGUAUGAAAUGUGAGCCGUGUAGGCUUAUUUUGUAAUGUAGCCAUCUAUACAGUACAUAUUGCAUAUAAUCAAUAUUUGGUUAAAUGUCAAUUGAAUUAGGUGAAAUGCACAACAAAACUUUAUAUAGUGCCAAUGUCAUUAAUUACAGUAGGUAUUUAUAAAUUUAAUAUAAUCUGAUUCCUCACUUUGAAAACUUUUUUAGUUGAGUUUUUUCUAUUCUUAUUCAUUUUGUUCACUAGCAUUUAUUUGCUGUAUUCAGGAUACUUUACAAGCACCAUAGAAACUUAAUGUUUCAUAUGUUUCAAUUCUCUUUAAAUUUAAUAUAGAUUACAUUAUUUCAUCACAGUUUACUUUACUGUUUUGAGGGUCUUCCCCAUUUUUUACAGAAUUUCCUCCAGUUCUGUCAUGGCAUAGUUUUUAGUUUACAAGGGUUAAAAAGCACGAAGCUGUGUUGUCACAUGGUCUUAAAUAACUAAGCCAACAGGCACUUGGAAAACAUUAAUGUAAUGGGGAACUCUGUGGGCUACAAAGCAUAUUACUUAAGAUUUGUAUACUCUAUAAUUUAAGGCUCAAUGUUUGGCUGACACUUCCUGUUUUUGAGAGGAGCUGUAUUGUCAUUUGUGUGUGUUGCUGUUUUCUGAUUUGCUUGCUUUUUUUAUAUAUUAGUGUCUUUAGUUAAUAACAUGAGCACAUGCAAGUAAUUUUAAGCAACGAGAACUUGAAGAGACAUAGUAAAUGUAAAAGGCUGAAGCCAUGAGCAAACUUAAUGGCCAGAAGCUCAGUAUAGUGAAAACCAGAACUUGAUGUAGUGUAAUUUCUCAUUUGUCUCUCUUGUUUUCAUGAUGUAUCAUGUAUAAAUUAUGUAGUCCAGCCAUAAGUAAGAUUAUUAUUGCACACACUAAAAAGAUUGAGUCUGAGCCCUUUCAUUUCUAAAUAUGAUUGAACUGUACAGUUAUUACAUCAGUUGUGCUAAAUUUUUCUGCAAAGCAACAUUUACCCAAAACAGUAAACAAAAUAAGAGGGAUUGCUGUAUCCUCAUUCCUAUGUGUUACUCAGGAAAGCUUUCUGCUGAUGCCAGUCUUAGUAGUUUAUGUUCCUCAUAUAUGUUGCUAGUUAUCGCAGUUUAGUGGCAGAUAUGUGUAAUAUUAACUGAUGUUGUUUAUAGGUAUUUAUUGAAAACAGUAUCAUGCAUAUUAUUUAGCUUGUCUAACUUUUUCCUUGUGUUUAUAUUUACAUCAUAUCAUUUUGUCUGUUAUAUGUGAAAACUUAUAAUGGUUUGCAAUUAUUUUAUUACCAUGAAUUUGAUGCUGUAGAUACUACACAAAUAUAUGUUUGUAAUUUGUACAGAUUGCACAUUUCAUCACUGUUAUGGGCCACCAAAUACGAGACAUAAAUCUUCGUUUCACUUUGUUUCACAUGUGUUAAUCAUAUCCUAGUCAUGCAUUGUUCCCUUAUUUUGUAUUUGUUCAGUUGUUUGCACGUGAAUGCCAUUAUCACUUAAGUAAUGUAAUUUCAAUUUUUCUUUUGUGACAUAUGUCUAAUAUAGUUUUCUUAUUUCUGAGUGUAUUCUGCCAUAUUGUACUUUGCGUAGUUUCUUUAUAUGAAAGAUGUGUCUCUUAAACUUGUAAACUCAUCAAGAACUAUUUAUUCAUUUACUUUGAUUCACAUUUUCCAUCCCUUUUGUUCAUUGGAUUGACUGUUACAUUUUGAUGCAGUCUUCUCAUUAAAGACGAUAACUUGCUGUAACACCCUGAAAAUACUCUUUACAGAAACGGUUCCGGGUUUUCCCCCAAUAUGUCUUGUACUUCUUAGAACAUUGCAACCACUUAUCUCAACUUUUUUGGAGAAUAGCAGUUUAAGAUUAAGUGUUCGAAAAUUGAUUUCAUUCUCUAAUUUCUGCUGUAUGUAAAAUUAUCCCAGCCUGUGGAAGAUAGACGUGAAAUAUUAUGUCCUGUAUUCUAAAUGUGUUUGAAACUAUGUUUCGGUUCACUCAGAUCUUCCAUAGCACUGCUGAUAAAAUUUAAUUUGGAUAUUCUGACUUUUACUUUCCUCAGUUGUAUGUGUAAAUUUUCAUUGCAAUCGUACAUUUUGUGACAGGUUAUUUGUGUCAGUCACAAAAUAUUUUUUCAGCAAAUCAAGCUAACUUAAUUGAAAGCUUGUGUUCCUGAUGCCCUUUUUGACUGUAUGACGAUUGGCAGAAGAAUCUCUCUUCUAUUUUUGUAGGAAAUUCUCUGGUUGUAAGUAAGUAUUAUUCAGUAUCUGCUACACAUUGUCUUUCUUUCACCUUUUAGUCUGUACUGCACCAUAACUCCUUCACUAUCUUAUAAAGAAUUGAAUUCUUUUUAACAUUCAUAACAGCCACAUAAUUCCUCAUUCUGUGCUUCUUUUAGUCAUUGCUACACUUAGCUUGUUGCGUAGAAGAUUUACCCAUUAAUGUUGUAAUGAAUUAUCCUUCUCUCUUUUUUCCCCCUCCAAAUGCAGUAGGUUCGUGAUUUGAAUGGUUAUAAGAUCUUUGCAGCAUUGUAAUUGCUUCUCAUGUGUAAUGGACUGAUAUGUAGCACAGAACAGAAAACAGUAUUCAAACUAUCUUUCGAGCUCUUGUUUCUUUUCUAGCAAACCUCCACACAUUCACACACACAACCACACAACCACACAGGCACUCUGACACACAUUCCUGUGGCUGCAAGAGUGUGCAUUUGGGUGUCUGUGUGGUUGUAUGUGUCAGUGUGUGUAUUUUUUCUAGAAAAAGAGCAAAAGCCUGAAAGCUAGUGUUAAUACUGUUUUCUGUUACAUAUAUCGCACAUAUGUGCGCUAUAAAUGAGUGGUUGCCUUUCCCUAUUUUAUGCACUGAUCCAUCUAAAAAUUUCCAUUAUUAUUAUGUAAGGUUAUGGAAUUGGUUUCAUAUGAAAAUAGGAAUUACAAGCAUAAUAGCCAAUUAAUUACUAUAGUUUCAUAUUCAGCUACUUGCUAGGGAACUUCAUAGCCAAGUUGCAUUUCUCAGGUUGUUACAUGCAUUUUAAAAAAACGUUGUUCCUUACACUGUUUGAGUAACAUGAGGUAUCAUAUGCCCAUCAGAGGCUUCAAUCUCUCUCUCUCUCUCUCUCUCUUUUGUGUGUGUGUGUGUGUGUGUGUGUGUGUGUGUGUAUUCUCCAUAGAAAUAAGCGGAAAAGAGAUAUUGCCUCGAGUGAAAUCGUUUUAACAUUAUGGUAUCUAGUCUUGCUGGGAUGAAAUGUUUCACAAAUUGCUAAUGGAUGAGUGAUUUGCUGGUUAAAUGUGUUAAUACUGAUCAAUGGAUCUUGUCACAUCUAUUGGGUUUUUCAAAACACUAAAGAAUGCAGUUUUGUGCAUGACUCAUUACAUAAUUAUAUUAAGAUGUCAGCCUCUCAGGUACAUAAAUGCAAUGGAAUAUAUGCAAACGCUUAAGAUUAUAAAGUUUUGUAGCUUCUACAUGGUUCUAUUAUCAGUAUUAUUCCUGAGGAGCUAUCCUGGAACUAUAUCGUGCUCCCAUGACGUCCACUUCGGAGUCCUUUGUAAUGGUACACAACAUUCCUUCCUUGCAUGAGAUUUAUAGAAGGAUCAACUCUUAAACUAGUAGUUAGUCAUCAUGCAAAACAUUAGUGCAUGAUUAAGUUUUGAGAUGUAGAUAAUUGAAUUUUAAAUUCAGUGUGGCCUGUUGCCAUACCACAGUUAUGAACUUUCUCUAAUUUUACUAUAUAUUACAUUUUUCAUUUCUAUUUAAUCUACAAAAUUAUAAACUGCUAUGUAGGCAAUGUCAAUUUAAUAAUAACUGAUUAACUGUAUUGCAAAAGUUGUAUUUAUACAUAUGAAUGACUGAAGAAUCAGUGCAAAAUAUCCUAACUUCAUUGGGUGCCAUCACUUUUUGCUCCCUAUUCUUCCAGUUAGUACAAAUGAUUCUACAUUUCUUUGGACUAAUGAAAUAGAAUUUCACUGUGUGAAUACUAUUUGGCUAAUUCAACUCCUUGUAUUUCGAAAGUAGAAAGUAUUUAUAUCCAUUGUAUGACAUGGUGUAACGAACUGGUAGAUAUUUGUUGUGGUUUACUCAUGUCAACUUAAGUGAUAGUGUAAUAUGCUGUAACACUGUAUUUAGGUGGGAAAGGUACUGGUCACAAGAUCUUGAAGUACAUAUAUUUCAAAUACAGUAAUGUGCCAAAGAUUGAUUGUAUUGUUCCAGUGGUUAGUUUAGCACACUUUUCAAGAGCUUGAAAACUCAGGAUCAUUUCAUUUAAGUUUUUUUUAUUAGUUUCUUACAGGUAUGUAUCUUAUUUUGGGAAAAUGAGGUUUUCAGAACAUCUUAUGUGCAACGUAGCACAUUAAUAUGUGUAAAUGUACUGUAGGUCGAGGGUUAUGACUUCAGGAUGGGCAGGGACCUUGAUGUACAUGUGUGCAUGUAAAAGCGCAGGCAUUUGUGUACUUGUGUGAAAGUGCAUGUUUUAUUAUGUGUCUGCUAAUACACUCAUACACGUCCAUCAGAAAUUGAGACAUAAAUCUGUUAUAGAUGCUGACUUCCUUAAACCAGUGUAAGAUUUUGUUUGUUUCCAUUCAUCUUUCAAGUAUCUGCUCAUAGGUAAAAAGUUAUAUAACCCCAAUGUGCCAUGAAUUGUAAUAUAAUGGUCUGUCCUUGCCAUACACUGUGAAAAUAAAAAAUCUGUCUACCCAUAUUUUUGAUGGUGCAUUGUUGGAUUUAUAGUAAAUUUUCUGUUACUUAUCUGCGGUAUUUAUGCCUUUGGUUUUGCCAGUUGAUGCCCAAGAAAAGUAUUUAAACAUGAAUAAAAUUAGCCUCAGUUUUCCAGUGGAAACCUUUGUUUCUGCUCUUCUUAAAGUGCUUUGCCUUCUAAAACUUUAGCCACUUUGUGCUGUAGAGUAGCCAACAUUAGCAGAAAAAUGCAUAUUAUAGUUAUGAAUGAUUGUGAUUAUUUAUUUUGCUCGUUGGUUGUUUUAUAUGUAGUUGGCUUAACAAUGUCAGCCGAUGAUAGACAGAGUUUCCUUAAAUUCAAGUAAUAGACUUUUAAGGGUGCAGAUUUGUUAAUUCAAUUUCACCGGGGGAAAAAAAAAUCAGUUGCUGUGUAUAGUUGAGCAAACUCAGUCAUCAAAAUCAUUAGAUUCCACAAGCUGAAUAAUAUUUAUGGGUUAAGAAGACUAAAAUUAGCUGCCUUCAAGUCUCUAUUGUUAAUUUUGUAUUUGUAAGAAAUUCUUUUGUUUUUCACUGCUCCUGAAAUGUUGUCCACUUGUUUAACUUUCUUAUUUAUAGAAUAUCUUACAUUUAACACUAAGAUCGAAACAAUAUUUGCAUCAACAUGGCUUAAAAUAGGAUGUUAAAUGUGCCUCAUGCCAGUAAGUUAAUUUCUCCGUAAUAUUCUGUGCAUUUUGCAUGUUGAGAUUGUAUUGAAAACAUUUAGACAGUAACAUAGCUGACAUUCAAAGUACAUCAUGCCUCAUGAUGUUAUAUAAGCUUUGUAUAAUAAGAUCCAGAAACUGAAGAAGGGCCUUGUUUAUUGAGUGUGUGCGAUGUAAGUUACACCUUGAUUUUUCUCAUACCUUAAGUACUUGAAAGUCUCUUUAAUCCAGAACUAAAGGCAGACCAACUAUUUUCUUCUCUUUUUUGUUAUACUGGACAUCUGCUGGACCUCAGUUUCAUCAAGGAUCUAGAAGGAAUCAGCCAAGAAUCAGUUGAUGGAACUGUCAAGAAUCAGUUGAAGUAAUCAUUUUGGCAUUCAGUUGGAUUUACAGGAACAAAAAAUCUAUUGAAAGACCUGCAAAGUUUUCUUAAAGGAAACUCAAAAUGCAGUCAGAUUAUAAGUUAAUUAUUUGUGUUUAUAACUAAAAUUGAGAUUUAAUUUCAUGAGCCACAUGUAAAUACUACAUUUACAAAGAUAUACAUGUCAUUUACACAUAUAAAUUAUGUGCUUGAACACUUUUUUGGUAAAAUUUUGAUUAGAGCCUCAUUUGGACGCAGAAACGUAUGACACUGAUUUUUUUAUUUAGUAAAUACUUGUUGUCACAGUACAGGUGUUUAACUAUACUUGUUUGCAGUAAUACUUUAUUUAUUGGGGGGCUUACGCUCGGUGCAAGUACUUUUAGUUGAUUGGGCAGGUCUCGUGUUAUAUACCGUAAACUGUGACUGUCUCAUAGAGGUGACUGCGUUGAGUAUGUGACUUGUACAGUGUCAUGUUUGCAAUAUUGUUGUUGAUGAUGAGAGAAGACUACUACUCUCAAAUAUCAUCAAGGGAAGUUUAAGAUCUCCAUCCAGUGAAUAGGCCACCAUCAACAAUUCGUUUGGCCAAAUUUACAGCACAAAGGAAAUUAAGUAAAUGAGCAAUUAACCUUUUACUUUUAUAUUUGCGCAUGAAGUUCUUGAACUUGGUAGCAGUCCAUACAACCAGUAUAAGAGGAGGUUUAUAAUUUUAACUAAAUCAAGUUACAACUUGAUUUUUCUCACACUUAAAGUACUUGAUAGUUUCUUAAGUGAGCCUAAAAAAUUCUAGGACUGAAAGAACUUGUAGUAUCCAAAUUCCUGACAAGCCUGCGCUAUAAUUUUAAAUCCUUAUCAUUGUUUAAAAAUGAAUUGUAACAUUUCCCAUUGUCUUCUGAGUGAGAAGAAGAAGAAGAAAGGUGAUAUUGACUUUCACUAAUUGUGGCACAUUAUAUAAUUCAAUCUACAUUUUAGACUAUUUUGUGUAAUGACACACUAAUGGCAAGAGGCACAUUUAGUGUAUAUCCUCUCCAAAAUUUUUGUGACUUAUCUUUCUGUUUUUUAAAAGAAAAAUAAGAAGUGUAAAGAUACCACUCCACCAUUGAAGUUACCUCUGCAAUAUUUCAAUUUGUUAGAAAACUGUUUACAGUAUUUUAUUAUAAAAUAUGAAUUACUGUCAUAUGUGGAUAGUUCAGUUUGAAGUCUGUUAGUUUGUAUGAAUUGUGAACAUUUUGCGAUUAUAGGUAGAAGGCAUAUGUAUUUCCAAUAAGAUGCUCAUUGCUUUGAUAUUGUUUAGUACUUCCAAGACCUUACAAUCUGUUGUUCAACAGGCUUGACGGUACUAGAAAUAGAUGUAACAGAUAAAUCCUGUUGACAUUAUUAUUAUUUUUCUUUCCUAUCUCAGACAUUAUUAUUAUUAUUAUUAUUAUUAUUAUUAUUGUAUGGGGGGGGG